UAAUCUGUAAUGUGCUCAAGUCUGGAUGCUUAACUUAUCCUGGAAAUUCUUGAAGGAAAACGGGUGAGCUUUUUUUAUUUUCUAUAAGUUUUAUCUCUUCCUGAGUAUAUGUUAUUCCAAUGAAGAAGUGCAGAACCUAUUUGUAUUUCAAAGGUUGAAAUAGAAAAGCGGUUUUCGCAAUUCUGUGGUCAGUAGUAAGCGAGUGGGAACCAACUGUGGCUUUUAUCUAGAUGCUGCUUAUUUCUUAGUUCACAUAUAUGGAACUUACAGAAAAAUAAAGCUGUGCUUUGAAUUAAGGCUGCUUGCUGUUUUUCUCCUUGUAAACUGCCAGUUUUGCAGUGAGAAAUUAAUUAAAAUCACAUAGAUUCUGGUAGUCUACAAAUGUUUUCCAUACUUCCCCAUCUUUGAAAGCUGCGGAAUAAUUGCUCGUCUGUGAAAAAAAAUAGUGGCAGAGCUCCUGAGAGAGGAGCUCUUUGACAUGUUCUCUUGAUGAGUUGCAGCAGCACAUGCCAGAAAACGUGGUAUAAGUGAAUGAAAAAAAAAGUACAGAAUGAUUAGUGGAUCCUCAGACUAGAUAAAUGUACUCCAAAUUACAUGUAUGAAGUCUGCAUUGAGUAUGUAUACUAGAUAAGUAAAUUAAUCUAAACAUUUACCACUUGAAGUCCAGUUACUUAAGUCUGAUAUUAAAAUGUUGGCUUUUUUUUUAAUAUUGGAAAUUUCCUAAUGUUGAAGUAAGUUGAUUGAGAAGUCCUUCCUGUCUUUAUACUUCACUUUUUAUGUGGCUCUUUCUCACAUGCAACUUUAACUUAUUUUAUUGAUUCCAUUUGUUUUCCAUCUAUACUAACAUGGAACUAAAUUUCCCUGCUUUUAGGAGACUUAAACACUUUUCUCAAAUUUUAAGCAACUAAAUUUUCAAGAUUUGGCAGAAAAUGAACAUGUAAUGGCAUUGUGUAGAAAUAGUGGUUCAUUCUCAGUGGUAUUCCUGCUUUCUAGUUCUUCUAUUUAGAAAACCAAAACAGAAUAAAAACCAUGGAAAGUGCAUUUGGGUUAUCUUAGAGAUAGGUUUGAAGUAUCUUUAAGUGAUGGACACAUAAUGAUUGACAGUUGGGAAUAGUGAGUUAGUUCCUACCCAUUAAUUUCUUGGUUUUUUACACUGUUGAAUACACUAGAUGUCUAAAUUGCUAUUUUUGUUUUAAUUUACAGGUGUUAUUUCAAGAAAUGCUGUGACUUGCUUGAAGAACAUCAUUCACAGGAACUUUUUUCUUGUGAUAAUUUUUUAAAACUAGAAUGGCUUUGAAAAAAACACCUAAACUAUUCAAGAAAUUUUUUCUUCACUGGAAACUUUGGAAGUUUAGCAUCAUUGUGUUUGUCUUUCUGGUAUUUUUAUUUUUAUUACAAAAAGAAGUGGGUGUUGAAGAUUUUAAAGAUGAAGCAGGGAUUGAGCCAGUUGUUGGAAAGAAAAGUCAUGUGUUAGGUCUUGUGUUAAAUGCUAUGAACAAUAUCAAAGGUGCAAAGCCAAAAAUGCAAAUAAAAGCACCUGUUAGGCAAACUAAGAUUCCUGGAGAGAGACACUGUUUGCCAGGAUACUAUACUGCAGUGGAACUAAAACCCUUUCUAGAUCGACCCCUUCAAGAUCCUAAUGCACCUGGAGCUUCUGGUAAAGCAUUUAAAACCAUCAACUUAAAUUCAGAAGAACAGAAAGAAAAACAGCGUGGAGAAGAAAAACACUGUUUUAAUGCAUUUGCAAGUGAUAGGAUUUCUUUACACCGAGAUCUUGGACCAGACACUCGACCUCCUGAAUGUAUUGAACAAAAGUUUAAGCGUUGCCCGCCGUUGCCAACCACAAGUAUUAUAAUAGUUUUUCAUAAUGAAGCAUGGUCCACUCUGCUCAGAACUGUUCACAGUGUGAUGUAUACGUCUCCUGCAGUACUGCUAAAGGAGAUUAUUUUGGUGGAUGAUGCCAGUGUAGAUGAGUACUUGCAUGAUAAGCUAGAUGAAUAUGUGAAACAAUUUCAAAUAGUUAAAGUAGUCCGUCAAAAGGAAAGAAAAGGUCUUAUCACUGCACGGUUGUUGGGAGCUUCAGUAGCAACAGGAGAGACCCUUACCUUUCUGGAUGCUCACUGUGAAUGCUUUUAUGGUUGGUUGGAGCCAUUACUGGCAAGAAUAGCUGAGAACCCGGUAGCUGUUGUAAGCCCUGAUAUUGCUUCUAUAGAUCUCAACACUUUUGAAUUCAGUAAACCAUCUCCUUAUGGGCAUAGCCACAACAGAGGAAAUUUUGAUUGGAGUUUGUCAUUUGGAUGGGAAUCUCUUCCUAAACAUGAAAAUAAAAGAAGAAAAGAUAAAACCUAUCCAAUUAGAACACCUACUUUUGCUGGAGGUCUCUUUUCAAUAUCAAAAGCCUACUUCAAGCACAUUGGAAGCUAUGAUGAAGAAAUGGAAAUAUGGGGAGGUGAAAAUAUAGAAAUGUCUUUCAGAGUAUGGCAAUGUGGUGGACAGUUGGAGAUCAUGCCUUGCUCUGUUGUUGGCCAUGUCUUUCGCAGCAAGAGUCCCCAUACUUUCCCAAAAGGUACCCAAGUGAUCACACGUAAUCAAGUCCGCCUUGCAGAAGUGUGGAUGGAUGAAUAUAAAGAAAUAUUUUAUCGAAGAAACACAGAGGCAGCAAAAAUUGUGAAACAAAAAACAUUUGGAGACAUCUCAAAAAGACUCGAGUUAAGGCAACGUCUGCAGUGUAAAAAUUUUACCUGGUAUCUCAGUAAUAUUUAUCCAGAAGCAUAUGUGCCAGACCUGAACCCUUUAUUUUCUGGAUAUCUAAAAAACCUAGGUAACCGCAUGUGUCUGGAUGUUGGUGAAAACAACCAUGGUGGCAAACCAUUGAUUAUGUAUUCUUGUCAUGGACUUGGAGGAAAUCAGGACUCACGCUGUCAAGGAAGAUGUUGAUGGGAAUCCGGCCAAUGGGAGAUCAAGUGGCCAGGCCUGAGCCAUCUUCCCUGUCACGCUUGCAGCCUCAUAGUCGGAGGUCAAAGUGGCCUGUCCUGUACUGGCUAGUGCAAGUGCAUAAUAUUGAAUAUCUCCAAGAAGAGCUCUCCUUGAUGCAUAGCUCUUGGAGGCAGCAAUGGUGCUCUGUUUCUCCUACAGUAUGGCUUGCAAUAGACGUCAGAUACUGAAUCUUUCAGUCACUACUGUAAUAGUAGUAAAAGUAACACCUCAUCUUCCUUACUGCCCAGAAAUGAACGCUUCUGUGUUGCCUUAAGGAGUUAUUUGGUGAAUAAAAUUUAUUAACUGUAAAUUCUUAAUAACUAAAGGUCAAAAAUAUAUAAAAAGUUUUAUUAGAACAUAGUUGUAUUUUUUUUUCUUAGUAAAAUCUUCAAUUUUAAUGCCCUCCAUUGAUGGUACUGUGAAAACUCAGACACCUGGUUGAUACUUUCUUACACAGAUUUUGUGGGAGAUGGAAUACUGUUUAGGUUAACUAGACAGAAUUCCAACAUAACUUGUUAUGUUAGCUUCUUACAAUACUGAACUUUUUCUUUUUCCCUUCAUUCUGAUGUGAAUUAGUACAAUAUUAGCCUUUUCACAUUGUCACAGUCAUUAAUGCAGGAGCAAAGACAUUAUAUUAAGAGGUCUACCAUACGCCUCUAUUGUCAGCUCUCCUUAAGUUAUCUUGGGAAUGUACUAAAAUUAUGUUUGUUUUUCCUUCUGCCAUAAAAUGAGUCUAAAUCCCUUUAAAUGCCAACCUUCAGAGCAUUUUAAUGUAGGUUUUGCUGACAGUGUUCAAGAGAUGUGCGUAUUUGCUUACUUAACCUUUCUCAUCACAGUACUCUGUUUCUAGUUGGUUUACGUGCUUUACCAGAUUUCAGCAGUGUAGGCUGAAAAUUUCCCUUCCAGGAGAAUCGAUUAGAACCUAGAGAACCUCGUUUUGAGAGUUGUACAUGAAUUGUUUAUCAUUCUUCCUUGUAGGAGUAUUCUGGGGUUGGGAACAUGUUCAUCUCUAUAUCAAAAAUUAAUGAGGUUUUAAACCUUACUUUCUGUGCUUUUCUAAUGGCUAGCUCACAAGAGAACAGAAUAGCAUCCUAUUAUUAGCAUUUAUGGUUUAGAUCAAGCCGCAAAAUUUGAUGUGCAGGAAUCAGUGUUGUUCUAUGUGACAAUUUUCUUUUUUGUUUGCUCUAAGAAAAAACAAAAUCCAGCAACAAAAAUAGAAUAAAGUUUUUUAAAGUUAAGAAAUGCCAAUAUUUAAGUUAUCCAUGCAACUAUCUCUACUCUUCAGUUUAUCUCCUUGAAUUAUAUAUGAUUCCUGGGAGAGCAAACGAGAUCUUGCAUCAUAAUGCUUAUUUGCAAUUUAUACAUUUAAGUACUUCUAAAUAUUUUCUACUGCAUUAGUACUUUUGUAAACACUUUUAAAGUUUAUAUGCUAGAAAUAAGAGCAAGUAUUCUGUAGUCUCAAGUUGUUGAUUAACAAAAAAAUGCAUUAUUUUGUGCAUUUCAAUUCAAAGGAUUAAUUUAGUUUA